AUGGCCAACCCACUCAAGUGGGGACCCUGCUUUUGUUGCCACCAAUGGAGGGACAAGUUGGACAAGACCACCAAGCACAAUACCAACAACAUGCUGGCUGUGCUCUGGCACUACUACAAGGCCCUCCUCCACCUGGCAAGUCCCCUCUAUGUGGCACCAAGCAGAGUGCCCCUGGGCGGCUUGGGCCUCUUCACCCAACAUGGGACCAGCAUGCGCCUGGGCGCUUCCCCCUUCAUGGAUCACCUGUGGGCUGUGCUGUUUGAGGUCAAUGAUGCCACCUUUGCCAAGCUGUGGACCAACAACUACCUGUCCCUCUAUGGCCUCUUGCACAUCCUCUGUGGACCACUCACCCUGGCCAACCACCAGUGUGAAAGAUACCAUCACCCACAAGUGGAAUCAUGGCAGAGGAGUUUCAUGGCCUCAGUGCUGUACAUGUGA